CACCCCCCCAGCCUCUGAGCCUAAGGUUCCACUCUGUGAAGCGGGUGUCUGUAAACUUUGGGGUGGCCAGCCCCUCAGGGAGGGGUGUUGUGGCCUUCAUUGCUGCCUCUCACAGGCGCGUUGCUCGGGGAAAUACCUAAAAGGGGCCUAGGGCCCGGAGUGACAGCUUAGCAGAGAAGGUGCUCACCUGGCAUGUGGCCAACUGGGUUCAAUCCCCGGCACCUCGUAAACAGGAGUGACCAGAGUGCAGCGCCAGGAGUCAGCCCUGAGCAUUGCUGGGUGUGGCCCCCCACAAAACAAGACUUCAAAGCCAGGACUAGGAGACUUGAACCCCUUUUGCUAUAUCCACAUGUAGGAGGUGGACCCCCUAAAGCCGCGGCCUGCUGUCCCCUCUAAAAGGCCAUCUGUGUCCAGAUGGGGGGGUGAGGGGCCCCUCCAGGGAAGGCAGUUGGCAGCGAUGAUGGCUACAGGCCUGAGCCCCAAUCUUGUUACACUCUGGGGUGGGUAUUGUAUUUUCUAAUUCCCAUGGCAGUGCUGGGGACGGGAUUCAGGGCUUCGCGCCUACAGUGCUCCACCGCUCAACUCCGUCUCCCAUCCCAAUUUCUGGUGAUUCUACAACAGUCGGGACACGCCAGGGAGGGAGAAGGGGAAAAGCCCCGGGUGAGAAUGCCCCUUCCCCCGUAGAAGGUCACCCGGCCCUGGAAAGUUCGCCCCGGGGGUCAGGCAGCCCCCGGAGAGCCCGCCCAGCCUCAGUCCGUCCAAGCUGCUGGAGUUCUCGAUGAGUGCCAGGGCCCUGAUGGAAACUUUUGAGGUGGGGUCACUGCCCGCAGUGGCCGCCAAGCUGCAGGCCACCCUCCAGGCGCUGGAGAACGUCCAGCUGGACAUCGGCAUUACUGGCAGCCCAGGCUCAGGCAAGUCGACCUUGGUCAAUGCCCUCCGAGGGCUGGGAGACGAAGACAUGGACUCGGCCCAGACGAGUGUGGUGGAAACGAAGGUGGCCCCGACCCCGUACCCUCACCGUCAGUACCUCAACGUCGUCAUCUGGGACCUGCCGGGCAUCGGCCCCGCCUCCUUCCAGGCCGACAAGUACCUGCAGCAGGUGCUGCAGAAGCCCUAUGACCUGCUGCUCCUCCUCUCCGCCGGCUGCUUCCCCGACAGCCUGGCCCAGCUGGCCUGCCGCCUCGGGGAGCGGGGCACGCACUUCUGCCUCGUCCGCUCCAAGGUGGACGUGGACGUGGCCGCCUCGCGCAGCCGCCGCCCCAGCACCUUCUCGGAGGACGCCGUGCUCAGUCAGAUCAGGAACGACUGUGCUAAGCGGCUGGAGGCAGAGGGCCUGAAGGACCCGCGGGUCUUCCUGAUCUCCGCGUUCAAGCUGACCAAGUACGACUUCCCGCAGCUGCAGGAGGCCAUGGUGCAGGGGCUGGCGGGCCACAAGCGGCACGCGCUCCUGGUGGCCAUGCCCACUGUGUCCCAGGGCAUCAUCGAGAGGAAGGCAGAGGCGCUGCGCCAGCACAUCUGGCUGGUGGCCCUGGUGGCCUGCAGCAUCAACCAGAGCCCAGUGCCAGGGGUCAAGGACGUCGAGUGUGACCUCGCCCUGCUUGCCCGCUGUCUGCAAGGCUACCACCGCAGCCUGGGCCUGGACACAGGCUCCCCGGGGGUGGCCGAGGGUACCUGCACCUGCAUCAGCCAGGUGCAGGUGGCUAAGCUGCUACACCAGGCCUCGGGGGUGAUGGCCUCGGCCUUCACCCGCGAGCUGCUCCAGGUGCCUGUCCUCCGCUGCCUCACCACCCGGGGCCUCUCCUUUGGCACCAUCUACCAGAUGCUGCGCCUGUCGCUGGACACAGCCAUCCAGGGGGCUCGGGAAGCGCUGCUUCAGGCCUCCGACCGCCCUCAGCACCAGCUCGCGGACGGUUUCAGCCCCUUGGGCCUGGCUUGAGCCUGUACGGGCGAGAGGCAGCUGCUAAUGGCUGAAAAGGACACAAGCUCUGUCCAUCCAUCUGUCCCCAAGCUGGCAGGGCACAGGAAGGAAAUCUGCAACUGAGCCAGGCUGUCUUGUGCUUUUGUGUCCAGGCCUUCAGCCCUGUCCGCCGCUGAGGCCACAUCCCUGCAGCGAGCAGACCCCAGGGAAGCAGGAGAAGGGACACAAGACACUGUAUUCUGGAAGGUGUAGAUGUGUGUGUGUGUGGGGGGGGGGGGUGCAGUUCUUGCAGCCCAGCUCUGGGAGCACAGCCCAGCUUGACUGGCCCUGAGGAUCCAGACCCCGCCUGGUAUCAGCAUGUGGCAGUUCUCUUCGGCCCAGGUCUCCCCACUUCCACCCCUCUCUGGGAAGCCUCCCGUCCACUGCUGACCAGGUCUCCUUUGAAUGUGAGUGCUUUCCUCUGGGAGCCCUCUGCACCCCAAUGACCUCUACCUUUACCUUAAAAGUCCCUGAGAUGGCCCCAGCUGGGAAGAAGUAAGGUGAGCAAAUGGCCUGGGGGGAGGGGACCUGAGGCACGGGCUGGUGGGGCUGAGCGGUAUGACUGGUCGUGGGGGCAACUUUGGGGCACAUGGGUGACAUUCUUUGGGGAACACUCAAUCAGACUUGACUCAGUGAUGUCAAGGCGUAUCACACAGAGUGUAGGGUGAACCCAAGGGUUAAGGGCUGGUUCUACCUAUAAAGUUGUUAGGGGGGCCACAUCUGGCAGUGCUCAGGGAUCACUCCUGACUGCACUUGGGCGACCCUCCCCACUGUACUAUCUUAUCUGGUCCUGAAGUUAAAACUUUUGUUUCUGGGUCACACCUGCCAAUGCUCAGAGCUUAUUCCUGGCUCUGCACUCAGGAAAUCAUUCCUGGCAGUGCUCAGGGGACCAGAGGGGAUGCGGGGACUGAAUCCAGGUUGGCCAUGUGUAAGGCAAGCAUCCUCUCCGCUCCCCCUUGUACUAUCACUUGGGCUCCCUGAAAUGAAGUUUUUUGUUUGGUUUUUGGGCCACACCUGGCAGUGCUCAGGG